AUGAUUCAGUCACUUCAACUCCUACCUCUUUUGGACAAUCCACCGGAAAGUAACCGUUUGCGGAACUUCGUCGGCCGUCUGUUUCUCUUUGACGCGACCUCUGUCUUCUCGGUUAACCUGAUGGCACGGGUCGAGGAGGUAUUUAACGCUCUCUCCACAAGCAACCGAAAAGACCGCAAGAUUCGUUUGUCGCAGGCUAUUAAUGUCCUGAAAGAUCCUGUAAUCCGCAGAUAUUUGGAUAGUCGCAGUGAGCAGAAAUGGCUACACGCUGAAGCCGCAAUCUUUACUUGGCGGUCAGUCUACGAGGUCACUGUCUAUAUCCUAAGAGAGGAGCUCGCGCGGACGAAAGGUCGCAGCAGCAAAGAUGUGGCGGCACCCAACAUUUCUGGCUCAUCCGAACUGGCUGACUGUUGUCGACUACUAACUCUAUUCGCAUCUUUUGGUCUGAGAAGUAAUCCACCUUUACAGGCCGAGGGGCUGGUGUCUCAAAUAACCGAUCUACUUUCUGAUGCGAGAUUUUUUUCGAUGAAGCCUUCUCUUGUGAGCUGUCUUUCAGUCGCGGUCAUGAGCACUUCCGGUCUGGACAUUUUCGAUGCGGCCACCUGUCUGCUGUUUCUCCAUUCGGCUUCCCUUUCUACCCUCGCCCUCCCAAGAUGCUGUAGUGAUCUCUUUGACCAACAGGCACUUGGUUGGCUCCUGCGCCUUCUUCGAUGGUCCUUGGCAACAGCCUUCACUUCUCAGUCCUCGCAGAAUGCUCUUAUUAACAUUUUCUUUAACCACUACUCGAGCCUCCUCAAAUUAUGGCCCAAGUUUCGCGACGUUACCUCACAGAGGUCAGCUUACGUUUCCUCAGCUGACCCCUCUCUCUUCUCCUCCGACGACUUCGUCAUUUGUGUGAAUGAAUUUCUUGGCGAUGCAUUUGCGCUCGACGAGCUGUUUGCCUCUUCGCCAGUGGCCAAAAGAAUUUUCCCUCAGAAGUCCAACUUUAGACCAACGCUUAACGCGCAUGCUCUAACGGAUCUCUUUAUGUCGAAUAAGCCUCUGCUGCUGUAUGACGCGUCUUUUAGGCAAGACAGCCCUGACACUCUCGCGGACCCUUGCUUUAUUCACUCCGAUGCCUGUUUCUUGGUGGAUGAGCCUCCGACACUUCUUCCCCUUCCUACAUCCACACCCACGAAGAAGGACCGUCUCCACGUCAAUGCCAUCGAAACCAGCCGGGAGUUGCUCUGCCUUUGUCGUUGGAUUUUGAACAUCUGCCUCCUUCGGUUUUCCCGCUCUGGUGUCUCCCCCUCCAACGAGAAUGAUGAUGUCACCAUGAAACAGAGCUGCACCUUUGUCUCCACGGUGGUGCAAUUCUACGCGCUGGAAUGCCGUCGUUUUGCGGAGCGAGUUAGCUUUUUGGCCGAGGAAUCUGUUCAGGCGCAGGUUCUCUCUAUGUGGGAUUUCUUCGGAACCUGUGCCGCUGCUCUGUGUGUCGCCAGGAGUCCGUCUGUUGUAAAGUUGACUGGGACUCGAGACCUUUUGGAGCCCUUGAAGGGUGGUUCCGAACCGUCUUUGACUACAAGCAGAUCGCAGGUGGAUCAUAAGUCCCUCCUCUUUACACAUGAUUCGUCACCAUACAUUGUUGCCGCCAGUAUGAUACCCAGGGAUGAAAAAACGGGUUGGCUGUGGUGGCCGGUUUUUGACUGGAUCUGCCGACUGAAUUGGCAAUGUGCGUGCGCUUGUGGUUCAGCUGCCCCUCUCGACCUCUCAGUCAUGCUACAUUCGGCCGCAGUCGUAGUGAAGUCUGUCCGCCAUCCACUCGCCAUCGAUUGCGCCAUUUCGGCUCUCAUCUCGGCGGUUUCCGCGGCAACCGCAUGUGUGCAGCGUUUUGGCUCUUCCACCUUCUCUGGCGACUCGGCCUCAAAUGUUGAAGCACUGUGGACUAAAGCCAUCGAAUGGCUGGAGCAGCUGGCGCGUGGCCACCCCAUGCCCGCCGCAAGCGACUUCUCUAGCUCUGUAGGCACCGCUAGACGCGCUCUCCUUCAGGAUCGUCUUCUGUGCCAUCUCUUGUCCUGUCUUGUUGAACUCGACUCCGUACUUGCGGAUACAGCCAGAGCUACGGCUACCCUGCUGCCACAUGUUUCCGCACCUAAUUGGGACACUUAUGCCUGCUGUCCACCCCUGGCUUUCCUUCUUGACAGCCUCACGCAUUGCACGGCAGUAGCAUCAGCCACAUACCUCCUGGUGCAGGCCGCUCUUUGUUGGAGUCUGCCAGUUCUCUUUCCGGAUCAUUUUAUGCACCUGUCCAAUCAUGCCUUCCCGGUCACAUAUCCGAAGAAGAAGACACCUUAUCCCCUCUUUGGACAGCGACACAUGCACUCCAUAACGCAAAGUAUCCGCGGGCGACUACAUAGCGCUCAACCAAUCGGGCAGGGCCAGCAAGUCCUACUUGCACGUACUCUGAAGCUCCAUCUCGAGGCUCUCCUCGGUUAUCUUUCAGACGACAAUGACAAGGAAGUCGGCGCUCUGCUAGCUAGCUUAGUCGAAGAUGGGACCUGCGAGACAACAACAACCGGCGGAGACAGAACGCAGAUCUUUGUUGACCUAUUCGACUGUGAGGAUUUGGAAAACUGUCUAUCAGGUUCACAGGGGAGGGCAGCGCCAACCAUUCAACUAGACGAGCUGGAGGAUGACACUUCUGCUGAUGCGGUCGAUCCCACCGAUUGUGAACCCUGUGUCUUCACGCACCUCCUUUUCUCGCCCUGUGAAGAGCUCCUCAAUGCUUGUGGUGCAGUUCUUAAAGUACUAGUGGAAACAAGGGUUCCCUGGCGACGACAAGAAGAUGUUGUCUGGUUACUCAGUCUGCUGUGCGCUUUUUGCAAUGCCACUGAACUCGCCGCCGCUUCUUCGGCGGCCCCCUUGCAGCCCUGCCAUGGGCCGCCCUUGUUGGGGCUCUUUUGCGUCCUCCUUGACUCUCUGCGAGAGGCCCUCAAGUCGCAACUGCUGCUCAAACGCUGG